AGGCUCUUCCGGGUGAAAGUCUUGCUGUGUGUGGAUCCUUGCUCCCACAGUCACCUGUACCUGGUGCGAACUGGAGGCGAAGCAGGUGCACCUGCAAGCUAAAGAAAGGGCUGGCAGCAAGCUCCGAGCGAGCACUCGGGCGUCGGAAGGAACGGUGGGGCUGGGCGGAACUGGCCUCGGGUCCGCGGAGGGUGGACGCGCUCUCCCAGUCUCUGGAGGGAGGGUUUCCUGUGUGCGGGAGGCCGGGCAGCCAGGGCGGGAUUGGGCUCCUGACCUGCAGGCCACGGGGCGGGCUCUCUCUAGGGCCCUGAUUUGCCUGAAGAAGGUGCUUGGUGAAGGUGAAACGUUUGCACAUCCAAAUAGCUAGAGCCUCUUUCCAGAACUGCUGAUGCACUUAGUCCUGCAGCCAUGGAUUACUAUAGCUGAGCAAAUUUCAAUUCAACUUUUAGAAGAAGGAUGUGAGUUGCAAUUGAAGGGAGUGGGCAGGGUCCAGAUUUGACAGGAAAAGACACUUCUCUGGAGGUAUCUGAGAGUCCUUGGUUGGAGGGAAGCCUUACUGGUUAUAACUAAGGAAGUGAUUUCUUCAUUACUUCCCAAACACAUUCAUGUAAUUCCCUACCAUCUCCACCCUUUGUUUAUUCUGAGCUGCACAAACCAUGUUCAUCACCUCCCCUGGGAUUUACUGAGUUUACCCCGUACAGAGCCACACGAUAGGGGUAAAAAAAAAAAAAAAAAGACUAAAAACUAACUUAUUUUAAAAUUGCGACUUAGUAAAUACUCAGUAAUGCAGUUUGCUAGUAACAGAGCCAAUAAUUGAAUUCUAGUCUCUUGAGUACCAGGUCAUCUACUACAUUUAAGUUAUCUACCACAAGUUUCCUAGUAAAAGGUCCUCUUGUGAAACUGCAGCGAAGGUAGACCAAACUCAAAAAGACAAACAUCUUACAGCACUUUGAUUCUUUCUUUCCGGAUUCUCUCAAGUGGCUAAACACAUUAGUAGGAAAGUAGCUUUGCUUUUAACACUCUUGGCCCUUUCUCAAGAGAACCCGAAAAUGAACAAAUUUCAGAUUUGGAUCAAACCACACACCAUAAGGUAUGGUACCAGCUUCCUGAGGGGCCAGAUGGUGGAGCCAGAUGAUGCAACCUGGAAGUGUGGGCAAGUUAACUCACUGUGGGUGAACCUUGAAUGAAGGGAAAUGGAAAAUGAGAAGGAGAGGAAGAGGUUUUGUCAUGUUGCCCAGACUGGUCUCAAACUUCUGAGCUCCAGCGAUCCGCCCACCUCGACAUCUCAAAGUGCUGGGAUUACAGGUGUGAGCCACCACACCCUGACAUAUGUGUUUUCUUACUUCUCCUUUCUUACGUAAAAGAGAUCAGUUUCAUUCCGGGACCUAACUGUGAACUUCAACAAAGAGGAAUGGCAGCAACUGGACCCUGCUCAGAGGCUCCUGUACAGGGAUGUGAUGCUGGAGAACUACAGCAACUUGGUCUCUGUGGGAUAUCCUGUUAGCAAACCAGAUGUGAUUUUCAAAUUGGAGCAAGGAGAAGAACCAUGGAUAGUGGAGGAAUUCUCAAAUCAGAACUACCCAGAAGUUGAUGAUGCCUUAGAGAAGAACAAGGAAAUCCAAGACAAACAUUUGAGACAAACUGUAUUCUUCAGCAACAAAAUGCUGAUUACAGAAAGAGAGAAUGUAUUUGGGACAACAUUUAAUCUGGGCAUGAAUAGUGUUCCUUCAAGAAAAAUGCCCUAUAAAUGUAAUCCAGGAAGAAACAAUUUGAAAACGAAUUCAGAAGUAAUUGUUGCAAAGAAAAGCAAAGAAAGCGGAAAGAUUUCUGAUGAGUACAGUGGAUUUGGGAAGCCAUUAUUCCAUAAUAAGCAUGAGCAAAGUCAUUCGGGAAUGAGAAAAUACAGAUACAUUCCAAUGAGGAAAGCCAGAAAUCAAAAUGAAAAUCUUAUUCUGCAUCAGAACAUUCAGAUUUUGAAACAACCUUUUGACUAUAAUAAAUUUGAGAAAACUUUGUUCAAGAGGUCAAUUCUCAUUACACAGAAGGAGAGACAGACUGAAAGGAAACCAAAUGAAUGUAAUGAAUGUAGGAAAACCUUUUCUAGGAGAUCUACCCUCAUUGUACAUCAGAGAAUUCAUACAGGGGAGAAACCCUAUGUUUGUAAUGAUUGUAGGAAAACUUUUCGUGUGAAGACAAGCCUUACUCGACACCAAAGAAUUCAUACUGGAGAGAGACCCUAUGAAUGCAGUGAAUGUGGGAAAACUUUCAUGGACAAAUCUGCCCUCAUUGUACACCAGAAAAUUCAUAGAGGGGAGAAAUCCUAUGAGUGUAAUGAAUGUGGAAAGACCUUCUUUCGGAAGUCAGCCCUGGGUGAACAUUUCAGGUCACACACAGGGGAGAAGCCUUAUGAAUGCAAGGAAUGUGGAAAUGCCUUCAGCAAGAAAUCUUAUCUUAUUGUACAUCAAAGAACUCACAGAGGAGAGAAGCCAAAUGAAUGUAAGGAAUGUGGGAAAACCUUCUUCUGUCAGUCGGCCCUUACUGCACAUCAGAGAAUUCACACGGGGGAAAAACCCUAUGAAUGUCAUGAAUGUGAGAAAACCUUCUUUUGUCAAUCUGCUCUCAAUGUGCAUCGAAGAAGUCAUACAGGAGAGAAGCCCUAUGAAUGCAGUCAGUGCAGAAAAUUUUUAUGUACGAAAUCAGCCCUCAUUGCCCAUCAGAUAACUCAUAGAGGAAAGAAGUCUUAUGAAUGUAAUGAAUGUGGGAAAUUUUUCUGCCAUAAGUCAACACUCACUGUGCAUCAGAGAACACACACAGGAGAAAAACAUGGUGUAUUUAAUAAAUGUGGUAGAAUAUCCAUUGUGAAGUCAAACUGCAGUCAGUGUAAGAGAAUGAACACAAAGGAGAAUCUUUAUGAGUGUAGCGAACAUGGGCAUACCAUCAGUAAAAACUCACACCUCAUUGUACAUCAGAGAACUAUAUGGGAGAGACCAUAUGAAUGCAAUGAAUGUGGGAGAACCUACUGCAGGAAGUCAGCCCUCACUCACCAUCAGAGAACACACACAGGAGAGAGACCCUAUGAGUGUAAUGAAUGUGGGAAAACUUUCUGUCAGAAGUUCUCCUUUGUUGAACAUCAGCGAACUCACACUGGGGAGAAACCAUAUGAAUGUGAUGAAUGUGGGAAAUCCUUCUGCCAUAAGUCAACCUUCAGAGUUCAUAGAAGAAUUCACACAGGAGAGAAACCAUAUGAAUGUAAUCAAUGUGGAAAAACCUAUCGUCGACUGUGGACUCUCACUGAACAUCAGAAAAUACACACAGGAGAGAAACCUUAUGAAUGUAACAAAUGUGAGAAAACAUUUCGCCACAAAUCAAACUUUCUUUUACAUCAGAAGACACACAAGGAAUAAGUUCCAACAAAGUAAUGAAUUCCAACAAAGCAUCAAAUCAAAUAACUUACACAAUGCUAAACUAUGAAUAUGUGUAGAAAGCAAAAUCUUAUGAAUGUAAUGAAUAUGGAAAAGUUUUGUGUCACUAUUCAAUCCUCAGUAUACCAUCAGAAAUCAUUCAGGAAAGAAAUAGUUUAAUAAAUGUAUUCAUUGUGAAUUAUGAAAAUAUUCAAUAGCAAUUCAAAGGUUGUGCCAAAUGUCCCUCCCUUUCAAAAUAAUGAAACAAACAUUAUUUAAGUUAAAUUGUUACUUGGUUCCUCCACACAGUGUUACUUGGUAGUAUAUGUUAUGAGGUGUGAGGAUCUGACCUCCAUUUCAAAUCAAUACCAUUGUUCCUGUGAUAGUUGAGUAAUUCAGUUUCUCAAUUUAUGGUGUAUUUUCAGAUUAGGCAGCUUUUUUAUUGUCUGCUAACUCCAUAGUCUUCUAGUAGCAGACUAGCAUACUAUAUAGCUUUAUCUGCAAAGGUGACAACUCAGGAGAACUAACCAUGGUACUUCAUGCACCCAUGGUAAUUAUACCACAGAUGAGUUUUGGUAAAGCUGAGCUAAUGAAAGCUGUUCCUAAGACCUUUCUAAUGGAAGAGAGGCACAGGAUAACUAGUUUGUGAUACUGAAGCUUUCAGCCAAGUCAAGAAAACAGCAAUUGCAGUAGGAAAAACAUGCAGAAGUGAGCAUUCUUGAGCACCAAAAAGAAUUCUGAUGAUGGUGGAAUCCAAAAAGUGUUUCUCUGGUUUUAGUGUUCUCUAAUAUCCACUCAACCCUAUCUACCAGUGGUUUAUGUCAAUUAGUAUGUUUUCAAAGAUCUCUUGGAUUUCCUAAUCAAUAUCUUCAAUAGAGGUGUUCUUUAGAAGUCACUUACCAAAUUCUGAGAACAAAACGCCCCUGCAAAGCCAAUUAGGAUUACAUGGUAUGGAUAUAUGUGAUGAGAUAGGAUUGCCACUCAUAUGGGGUUAUUGGGAAGUGUUUACCUUUCAAGUCCUGAUUUCCACGAGUGGGGUUUUCCCUCUACCCAUUCCUAGCCUCUCUGUCACAUUAUGCAUUCUGCCCCAGGGAAGAUGAAGGGGGCUUAUCUAAUUGUUAAGAGUGAUGGGUAACUGGGGUUGCUCAGCUCAAUUUCUUCUUCAUUGUGGGCUGUCCUGCAAGUACAAUUUCUUGUUACAGUUACUGCCUGUGAUUGGUAAAUUGGUCUAAUUCUGUCAUUCAGCUAACUGGCCCAUUACCUGAAAGAUCACACUAAGUUGCAUCCUCCAACUCAAUUUGAUCAGUAAUAAAAAUUUCAUCCUGA